AUGGGGGAAGGCGGCGGCUGGCGGGGAGCAGACACCGAGCUGCUGGCGCUGGAGCUGGGGCGAGAGAGGCGCAAGAUGAACAGCUGGGAAUUGGGCUGGGGCUGGCACAGGGAGCCGGGAGAUGUUGGAAAAAUACUUGAAACCUCAAUAUUUGGACUGAGAAAAACAGUAACAGAACUGGAAAAAAGACUGAGCAGUGUUGAAGAUGGAGGUAAUGAGUGGAAGACCAGAUAUGAGAUACAAGUAGAAUUGAACAAACAACUGGAAAGGCAAAUCAAUAUUCUUCAAGAGAAGAUGGAGCUUACUUGUUGCAACCCAGCAGAUAAACUGUCCACUGUCCGCACCUUUGAUCAAAUGCCUUUGAGUGCCUUAAAAGAGGUUCUUAAACAACUAGAAAAAGAGAAGAAAAGUCUCCAGUAUCAGCUAAAAGACUAUGAACUUCGACUGGAACAAGAAGCAAAGGCUUAUCACAAAGCUAAUGAUGAGCGGCGCAGGUACCUCUCAGAGAUCUUAAAGACCUCAGCCACACACAGCAUUGUUGAAAGGCAAAAACCACAUGCUCUGACAGGCAAGGGAGAGAACCAGCUGCUGAGAGGGAGGUUCAGUGUUCCAGGAAACCCGAAGACUGUUAAUCCUCAAAAAGGAUCGAUUAAAAAGACUGCAGGAGUGAAUCAGCUUCCAAAACUGAUUUAAUACUAAUGCCAAGAAUUUCCAAUCAUGGUUUUUUUUUAAAUUAACUGAAAAUUUCUAGAUUGAAAAUGAAUGUAUUUGUGCCUUAUUAUAAUACCAAACCUAGGUUUCCAUGUCUUCUUAGCUGUAAGUGUUCCUCUGCCUAGAGGAAUUGCUCUUCCAGUUGCCAUCUUUGUUCUGGUGAUCUCAAACUCUUCCUGUUCUGGUUCUUAGCAGAUCUGCAUGUCAGGGAGUUGGAAGACUCAGGAAUAUUUAAUAUCUUCAUAUGCUGGGUAGAUCCUUGAACUCUUUGACUGCACAGCAAUCACUGGAAACAAACAAGCCUGUAACAUUUUUGACCCCUUAACCAAGAAGAAGAAAAAGGCAGAUUGAUGUAACCUGAAGUAUUAUCUCACCACCCAAAAUGGUCAGUCUCAAAAAAAAAAAAAAAAAAAUUCCAUCCAAGGG